ACAUUUCGCCUGAGUGGAGCAGAGUCCAUGACGUAGGCGCAUGUUCCUCAAUAUGGAGUCUCGCCACUUCCGGUGGAUGACCAUCGACGACAUAACUUAGCGCGGCCAUUGACCUUCACCUCACCAGCAAGCGAUGCCGGCGCCGCCUAAAAUAGUUCUCACCCUGCCGGCGCUCACGGACGACGGCACGGAAAAGGUCAAGGUCAAGUCGCUGAAGAAAUUCCGGGAGAAGGCGGAGGAGCACCGGCUGUGGGUGGACCAGGAAGUUUUCCAGGAGCAGGAGUAUGACAGGCGUCGCAUGGAGAAGCGCAGACGGAAGAAGGAAAAGCAAAGAGACAAAAUGUACCGCGCCAGGAGGAAGUGUUACAUCCCCGCGGUAACCGUGGCGGUCGUGGGUUCGAUUCUGCUGAUGGUGAGCAGUAUCGAUAACCUCGCGGGGAAAUCGAUAUUUUUUACACACAGGGAAGCUUUCCAGAUCUGCGGUGGCGUGAUGCUGGGAUUCGGUGUGUUGAUGGUGAUGGUUGUUGCCGGAAUAACCUACCGGAGUCCGGAGGAGAGACACGCGAAACUUAAAAACUUCAACGCCGUCGGAAAUUCCUACACGGAUCUAAAUACCAGUUGCGAUGAUGUAAACAAACAUAGCAUUAUUGAAAAACUUCCAAAGGAAACUGAAAUCAACAGUUUAAAGAAAUCUCGCGAUGAAAAUUUAAAAGGUUUGAUUACUCUUAAAGGGCUUAACUCUGAACAAACGUCUGCGGCUUUUGCAAAAACGUGGGUGAACAACCAUUCUAAAAUAUUUGAAAGGUCGGCCUCAUCCCUCAGACGACAAUACAGCGACCCCGUACUGGACCAGAGCCUGGCCAUACGUCGUCUGCUAGCGUGGCAGCAAGCCUACUACCCCCCGGUUCCAGACUUGUCCUGCACCAACUGCCCUCAUGAAGCCCGACCUUGCCCUAUUUAUUCCCUGACAUCAACAUCUUCUUCUGGGUAUAAGAGUUACAUCACUUCCGUUUCAGCAACUUCCGGUUGUGGCACUAAGAACGGACAAACUAAGGGACGUAAGCACGUUAUUAGAAUGCAAUCCGAAGGGGAAGAUUACUCAGUUCAAAUCCACAACCCUCCUAGAAACGGGAAAACCCGGGGUUGUGAUGAAAAUUCAGAGGCCAACCGGCCACAUUUAUUUUGUCAGCAGGCUGAUAAAAAAUCUGGCACGAACUCUGACGACCUGACCUUUGACCCCGAGAGGCGCGAGUCCGGGGACCUUGUGCCGUUUCCACCCCUGUCACCUGACAUCUCACGUCUGCCGUACCUCUGCGAGUAGCAGACGUUUUCUGGAACAUUCCUGCAACCAUAACAGUAUUUUAUGUUAUAACAAUAUACAAAACCCACAUACAGUGGUCAUAUAAAUCUAGAUCUACUUAUGGAACGCA